AAGGAAAAAACCAAAAUAAAAUAGCCCGUGGGCCGGCCUUAGUUCAGUCGCCGUUCCCCGCUGUUCAUAUUAGCUUCCGUUAAGCGGCAAAAAAAAUAGGCGUUUUUCAGAAACAAACCGAUGAUAAGCAAGGUGGUUUAGAUUUUAGAAUUUGGAUAGCUCUCUUUUCUCUGGCCGGAAUUUGUUAGAUAAUACCAUAUCUGUAUAUUCAGUUUUUUUUUAGGGUUCAGUAAACUAGGGUUUGAACUUUUGAAUCAAACGGAUAUGUCGAAGAGAAAAUUUGGAUUCGAAGGAUUUGGCAUUAAUCGGCAAACAACGUACAACUUCGAGCGAAAUCAAGCUCCUCAGCGACUGUAUGUUCCGCCAUCCUCACGUUCUGGAGGUAGCCAUGACAAUUACGAAGAUACCGACUUAGAUAACAUUGAGUACGAUGAACACGACGCUGUCGGAGGGAACAACAAUGAUGGAGGCGGAGGAGGUGGUGAAGAUGAUGAAAUUGAUCCACUUGAUGCGUUUAUGGAAGGGAUUCAUCAAGAAAUGAAGGCUGCACCGCCUCCUAAGCCAAAAGAGAAGUUGGAUAAGUAUAAAGAUGAUGUAGAUGAUGAUCCGAUGGAGAGUUUUCUGAGAGCGAAGAAGGAUGUAGGUUUACAAUUGGCGGCUGAUGCUCUUCACGCUGGUUAUAAUUCCGACGAGGAGGUGUAUGCAGCAGCAAAGGCUGUUGAUGCAGGAUUAGUUGAGUAUGACUCCGACGAUAAUCCUAUUGUUGUUGAUAAAAAGAAGAUUGAGCCGAUUACUGCUCUGGAUCAUAGUGAGAUUGACUAUGAGCCUUUCAACAAGGAUUUUUACGAGGAAAAGCCUUCUAUUUCAGGUAUGAGCGAUCAGGAAGUUAAUGAAUAUAGGACAGGCUUGGCCAUUCGUGUAUCAGGCUUUGAUGUACCAAGGCCAAUUAAGACAUUUGAAGACACUGGUUUUUCUGCUGAGUUGAUGAAAGCUAUCAGUAAACAGGGAUAUGAAAGGCCUACGCCAAUACAGUGUCAAGCAUUACCAAUUGUGCUCUCUGGGAGAGAUAUUAUUGGUAUUGCUAAAACUGGGUCCGGUAAGACUGCUGCCUUUGUGCUUCCUAUGAUUGUCCACAUCAUGGAUCAGCCUGAACUUCAGAAAGAAGAAGGCCCCAUUGGAGUUAUUUGUGCACCCACUAGGGAAUUAGCACAUCAAAUAUUUGUGGAGGCAAAGAAAUUCUCGAAAUCGCAUGGUAUCCGUGUGUCUGCAGUUUAUGGAGGAAUGUCUAAAUUGGAUCAAUACAAAGAACUAAAGGCUGGGUGUGAGAUUGUUGUUGCUACUCCAGGGAGGUUGAUAGAUAUGAUCAGAAAGAAGGCAUUUACAAUGUUGAGAGCAACUUAUCUAGUGCUUGAUGAGGCAGAUCGGAUGUUUGACCUUGGUUUUGAGCCUCAAAUAAGGUCCAUUGUUGGUCAAAUUAGACCUGAUCGCCAAACAUUGCUCUUUUCAGCAACUAUGCCCCGCAAAGUUGAGAAGCUUGCCAGAGAAAUAUUGACGGAUCCUGUAAGGGUUACUGUGGGUGAGAUUGGCACGGCUAAUGAGGAUAUUACACAAAUAGUUGAAGUGAUUCCUUCGGAUGCUGAAAAAUUGCCUUGGCUUCUGGAGAAGCUCCCUGGACUGAUUGACAAUGGUGAUGUUCUUGUCUUUGCUUCGAAAAAGGCAACAGUGGAUGAGAUUGAAUCUCAAUUGGCUCAGAAGGGAUUUAGAGUUGCAGCUCUCCAUGGUGACAAGGAUCAAGUUUCUCGUACGGAGACGCUGCAAAAAUUUAAAUCUGGCAUAUAUCAUGUUCUCAUUGCAACUGAUGUUGCUGCUCGUGGUCUUGACAUCAAAUCACUUAAGUCAGUGGUGAACUAUGAUAUAGCUAAAGAUAUGGACAUGCAUGUUCACAGAAUUGGUAGAACAGGUCGUGCUGGUGACAAGGAUGGAACGGCCUUCACUCUUAUUACUCAUAAGGAAGCACGUUUUGCUGGUGAACUGGCGAACAGUUUGGUUGCUGCUGGUCAAACUGUGUCUGUGGAACUAAUGGACCUUGCUAUGAAGGACGGAAGGUUUCGGUCCAAAAGGGAUGCAAGGAAAGGAGGUGGAAAAAGGGCCAAAGGAAGGGGAGGAGGAAACAACAAAGGUGUACGAGGUGUGGAUUUUGGUCUAGGGAUUGGAUACAAUCCUGAAUCAAAUAACCCUCUCCAGAGCGCUGCUCCAAGCCGUUCUGCAGCUGUUAAUUCCCUGAGGACAGGCAUGAUGUCACAAUUUAAAAGUAGCUUUGUUGCUGCAUCAUCAAAUUCUCAAAAUCAAGGGAUGAAUAACACAGCUGGCGCGUUUCCCAACAAGAAAAUGGUCUUGCAAGGCUUUGUCUCUGGUGGGACUAUAGGUGGAAAUAGUAAUACUCCCCAUAUUAGUUCCACAUUUACUGCUGCAACACCUGGGGGAUAUACUUCUAGUCAGCCAGCUAGAGAUGGAGCUAACCAGAAAAGUUCAGAGAGUUCAAAGGAGAGGUCCAGAGAGAGACGGAGGCCUUCUGGUUGGGAUCGUUGAUUUGUUAUUUAGGUAUACUGGGAUAAUCAACUUGUUGGAAAAUUACUGUGGGAUAUGCAUGGUUUACGUGUCACUCCUCAUCAUGGUCUAAGUUGGUGACUUUUCUUUCAAACUCACCAUUUGCAUCAAGGAAAUGAAAGGAAGAUAAAUUGUUAUAUCACAUAACAAGUAGCGAGUAUGCAGAGUCCAAUCAGACUGGUGUCCAUUGCAGAGAUAGCUUGGGAGGAAGUUAUGGUGCUUCUGAAAUGGUUCAUGUAAAAUGAUCUUUAUUGUCCAAAAGUGUAUGUAUUUGGUUCUCUUGAUACAUCAAAAUUGUUCCUGCAACUUUAAUACGUUUCUGGUCUUGGGAAAAUUUUAACAUUUUGGCUAAUAGGGAAGAGACUCAAGUGUAAAUUAUUCACUUCGGCUGCUGUUUCAAUUGCACUGCUAACUUUUGCUA